UUGCCUUUCAUGCACUUAGACCCCACAAAACGCUUCAUACUAUCCGCUACUGAACACAAUAGCUAGGAGGAUGUCGACAAGUCCUCAUCCAUAGUCACCCUCAGACACUACAUGACGAUCUCGGAUCCUGUCUACUACACCAUGUCUCGACCCGUGAACGGUCUGAUUUGUUGCAUGCGUGAUUCAUCGAUCGCAGUUUGUAAUCCGGCCACUAGACAAAUUGUGAAACUGCCAGAUGUUACACGCAACAGAAGAUGCAUACAUGCAUUUCUUGGUUAUGAUCCAGUCGAAGAUCAAUACAAAGUGUUGUGUGUCAUGAUGACGAGAUUCGAUUGGUCACGUCCUCACGAACAAGAUAUCCAACAGGAGCAUUUAGUUUGCACAGUGACAUCAUCUGAGAAACAAGAGUGGAGAAAGAUUGAGAACACCACCAUAGAUAUUUAUCGUACCGUCAUCGGCGGAGGGAUGUGCAUAGCUGGCGCUAUAUACUACGAAGUUCGACAGUCAAGGAUAGUUAGAUUCGAUGUAAGAACUGAGAGUAUUAAGUUAAUUAAAGCACCUGAAGAGUCAAAUUUCUCGAGAACAUUCCCUUCCAGUCUUUUAAAUUACAAUGGAAAAUUGGGAGGUGUAGAAUAUGAUUACAAAAAGGUUAUGAGAUUGUGGAUUCUUGAGGAUGCUGAGAAACAGGAAUGGUCGAGCAUGACGUCUGUAUUGCCUUCUAAAUUAAAAUGUUUACUUGGGAGUCACGUAGUGUCUAAAGGAGAUGUUCAUACCGGCGAUCUUAUGGUGUUUUAUCCAUGGUCAUGGUCAUCUAAGCCAUUUUGUGUUUGCUAUUAUGAUUUUAAGAAAGAGAGUAUAAUAAGAAAAGUCGAGGUAGUGGUGGAUGGUGAUUUAAGACGUAUCCAUGGGAUCGGUGAGAAAAAAUGUCAGUUCGGAUGUUAUCCAGGUUACUUUGAGAAUAUUAGGUUCUUGUGA